GCAUAAGUUUUAAUCCAAAAAUUUCAGUUUAUAAUUCUCCUCUGUUGAGUGAGUUUCGUGAGAGUGGAUUCUCUCAAUUUAUCUCUGUAUCUUAGAAUUCAAUUGUGUUUGCAAUCUUUCCCUCUGUGUCCAAUCAUAAUGGCUGAAAUCGCCCUCACCAUUCUCGGCCCUGUCGUUGAGGAGGCAGUUUCCAAAACAGUUUCAUUUCUUAAAAAAAGAAUUGGAAUUGCAGUGGGUUUGGAAAAGGAGCUUGAUAGGCUUGGCGAUUCUCUUAUUCUCAUUCAAUCUGUCAUCCGACAUGCAGAGGAAAGGCAAGAAAGUGACCCGGCUAUAAGGCAUUGGCUACAGAAGCUGAAAGAGGUAACUUAUGAGGCAGUGGAUGCAUUGGGUGAGUGUGAGUACAAGGUUCUUAAGAACAAAGUUAAGAGUCUUGGUCACUGGAAUCCUGAGUCCGUCUACUUUUCUCCCUUGUUUCGUAAUCGUAUGGCUGAGCAAAUCAACAACAUUACUAAGCAGUUGAAUGAUUUGAAAGACUGGGCUAGCAUGAUUAACUUGGUGGUCUCAUUGAGAGGCCAAACUUGUCCGAGGCAACAUCAAAAGACAGAUUCUUUUCUUGAUGAUUCCACAGUAUUCGAAAGGGAAGCUGAUGUCUCAAGAAUUCUUAGCUUGUUGCGUGACUUGAGGAGGAGUCAACAUCCCAUCUCUGGCAUUUCUAUUGUAGGUAUGGCUGGGAUUGGAAAGACGACAAUAGCAAAAUCAGUAUACAUGAAAGCAAAGGAAGAAAAGCUCUAUGAUUUAGCGGCCUGGGUGUGUGUAUCCGAGGACUUUAAGGAUCACAUCAUUUUGCAAGAGAUGUCAGAGCACUUUGGUUGUAGUGCUGCUCCAAGGAUUAGUAUUAAUGCAUUGCUUGAAGAUCUUGCAAAAAAAUUAGAGAAUAAAACUUUUCUUCUCAUUCUUGAUGAUGUAUGGAAUGAAGAUCCUGACAAGGGGGAACAUUUCAGCUCUUGUUUGUUAAAAAUUCUGAAGACUACUGGGAGCUCUAUUGUCAUAACAACUCGUAGUGGAAAGGUAGCAUCCGCAAUGGAGUCAGUUCCUAUGCAACGCCAUGACAUGGAGGGGUUACCAGAUGACGUAUGCUGGUUGAUAAUAAAAGAGAAAUUUCUUAGAUCAUCCACAGAAACUUCAAUGACUCCUGAUUUGGAAGCUAUUGGACAGGAUAUUGCAAAAAAAUGUGGAGGUUUGCCAUUAGUUGCUAGUGUCAUUGGAGGAACAUUGAGCCGUCAAACUAGUGCAGAUGAAUGGAAGGAUAUCAGAGAUGAUAAAGCAUGGAAUUUAAAAUCACGAGAUGGAGAUAAGAUUUUAUCUAUUUUGAAAAUAAGUUUCGAUCAUUUGACUUCUCCUUUGAAAAAAUGUUUUUCUUACUGUUCAAUUUUUCCAAAGGAUUUUGUCAUUGAAAAAGAUGAUCUAGUUCAACUCUGGAUGGCUCAGGGGUUUCUUUACCAACCUAAUGAAAGCUCUGCGACAAUGGAGGAUGUUGGUAAUGAUUACUUUAGUGAUUUGUUAUCUAACUCCUUAUUUCAAGAUGUGCACAGGGACAAAUAUGGGAAUAUCAGAUCUUGCAAGAUGCAUGAUGCGGUGCAUGAUUUAGCGUUGUCUAUUUCAAAAGGUGAUACUUUUGUCUGGGAGACUGGUUGCAAAAUUGACCAGGAUGCUAAAAUUCGACAUUUAAGAGUUAAGCAUUACCGGUACGAGCAUCCAAUCAUUCCUAGAGCUGUGGCUCAAAGAUUGCAUUCUUUGUUCUUGGAAGAGGUUGCUGUUUUUAUUUCCAGGGCAUCUGAUCUCAAAAGCUUACGAGCUUUAAAGAUAGUGGGAGCUCAGGAAGAACAGUUGCCCAUUAUUCUUGGCAAAUUUAAGCAUAUGAAAUACCUAGACCUCUCAGGAAGCAAAAUAAAAACACUACCAAAAUCCUUUUUCAAACUCUACAAAUUGCAGACUUUUAGACUUAUGAGAUGCUCUUCUCUGCAAAUGUCUGAUGAGAUGAGAAAUUUGAUCAGCUUAAGACAUUUUUAUUUUGACAACAAAGAGUGGAUGCCAAGAGAGAUUGGGCAUUUAACUUCCCUUCAAACCUUACCAUUUUUCGUAGUGAGUAAGGCAAACUUGGAACAACUUGGAUGCCUGAGUCAACUUGGAGGAGCUUUGAAAAUAUGCAACCUUGAAUUUGCCAGAACUAUGUCAGAAGCUGUCAAAGCAAACUUAGACAAGAAGACAAAAUUGUAUGAGUUAGAAGUUGGAUGGAAAAGAAACAAUGAAGAUUACAACAAUUAUGAGAUUUUGGAAGGUCUAAGGCCUCCCUCAAAUUUGGGACACUUGGCAAUUGUAGGUUAUAGGGGAGAAAAGUUUCCAACGUGGCUGGAGAUGGGUGUUCAAUGUUUUGGCGGUUCCUCUCCACUGAACAAUUUAUUGGCUUUAAAAUUACAUGGCUGUAAUGAAUGUGUAGAGAUUCUGAGUUUGGGAUUCAUACCUAGACUCGAGGAUCUUGAAAUGGUAGGAUUGCCAAAGGUGAAACGUAUGGGCAGCAAGUUCUGUCUGGAGAGAAGCAACAUGACAAGUAGUAGUUGUGGUGACAAAAAAUCAAUCGUAUUGUUCCCAGCCUUGAAAAAACUCGACAUAAGAUCCAUGGAAAUCCUAGAGGAAUGGGCAGAGAUAGAAGGCACCACCAUCUUUCCUUGCCUUCGGGAUUUGAAUGUUAUAAAUUUUCCGAAGUUAAAGACCUGGCCAAUGAGUGGAUUUUCAUCUCAUCAGAAGCUCUCAAUGGCGAAUAUACAUUAUUGUCCGAAUCUGGUGACUCUUCCAAGUAUGGAACGGCUCUUGUCUCUUAGAAGUUUAAGCUUAACUACAUUAGGAUCUCUCCCAAGUGGGCUGGGCUCCUGCAGUUGUCUCGAGUAUCUGCGCCUCGAACGGUGCCGUAUGUCCUUUCUGAGCACGAAGGAGAUGAUCUGUCUUGAAAUGUUAGAAAUUCGUCGGUGUAAAGAGCUGGUUUGUGUGUCAGGGCUGGAAUCUUGCAUCUCUCUCCAAAAGUUGAGUAUUUUCUAUUGUGACAAUCUAAUUUCUAUUUCAGAAGAUGUUGGAAGAUCAAGUUCGCUUUCUUUUUUGGAGAUUGUUGGUUGCCAAAAUCUGAGGAGCAUUCCAGAGGAGUGGCUGGGUAGGAAUACCCGGUUGAAGGAGUUAAUUAUUGGUCCUUUCUGGUCAGAGUUGGAGGAAUAUCCAGGACUGACCUCCAUCCAUCAACUUCAAGCCUCCCUUAAAUCCUUGAGACUUUUGGGAUGGGAGAAACUAAAAUCUCUGCCACAUCAGCUUCAACAUCUCACUGCCCUCAACCAAUUGAUGUUAGUUAACUUCAAUGCCCUGGCAGCUUUGCCAGAGUGGUUGGGAGAUCUCUCUUCUCUUCACAACCUGCUGAUUGGGGGUUGCUCUAAUUUGACUCAUCUGCCUUCUAUUGAAGCCAUGCGACGCCUCUCCAACUUACAAUCUCUUGAAAUCUGGAGUUCUCCCAAAUUAGAAGAAAGAUGCGCAAAAGAGAGCGGCCUCGACUGGGCCAAGAUUUCUCACAUCCCCAACAUCAGAAUAUAUGCUGUGAACCUGUACCCACUUUCUAUAGAUGGGUAGCUAAUCAAGAGUUAUCUUGCAAUCAACAUGAUGUGAACCUGUAGCGGCCAAACCGGAGCGUUCAAUACAUACCAAAGUUUCGCUAAUUCUGAGGUUGAGGCAGUUCGAGAUACAAAUGACUGAACUGAAGACAAUGAGCGUUGCUCCUGCCUUUAUAUGGAAUAUGCUUGUGGCAUAACAUCUCUCUCAUCCAUGUGCUUACCGUAUCAUCAGCUGGUGGAUGCCCUUGGUGAAACAGAGACGGAUCGAAGAGACAAAACAAAGAAUUUGCAUAAACAUAUAUUUGCAGGAUAGGAGCUUCAAGAUUUGAUUUUUCAGGAAACGCAUACUGGGCAUGGCUGCCAAAAUUCACCUUCUCAACUUUCAGUACCAGUCCUAAAUUAUGCCACAGCAGAGUUCCAAAUAGGUUUUCCUUCGAGUCCAAUCAUAAUUAAGGGGACUUGAAUUGUACUCUUGCAGCUGCGAUGACAAUUGCUGGGAAGGUUCUAUUUUAUUAAAAGCAUCAACUGCAACAUUGUUUGUCAUCUUAACUGCAGGAAGUUGAAUGCAGAAGAGAAGAAGAGUGAAGCAUCAUUUAUGCCGAACAAUCAGAGCUCUUGAAAAUUACCAACAACAUCUUUUAGGAGUUCCUUGUAAAGAUAAGAAUGUCUCUAGCUGGGAGAGUCUUCUAAUGGCAAAGAGCACUCUGCUUCGGAUUCAUACUUUGUAGAACCUGAGGCCGAUUUUCAUGGCCUUAUAUGCUGAUAAUUUAAAUGCUUUUAUUCUGCACCUGCUGCAAACAGAAAUAGAAAAACUUCAUGAAAUCUGAAGUGGAGGGCUAUUAGAGUAUCUGCACCAUGUAAUCAUAAGGAACAGUUUUCAUAGUUGUCGUGCAUCAAAGCCAUCAGCGAGUGUUAACUAAAGCAAUUCAUGUAACUGGCCUUAUUUUAUGGAAGAUUUGGUUUUGUUCUGCACUUAUUCCAAACAGAAUUAAACACCAGAACAACAUCAAAUCCUUUGAUUAUCUUGGAAAUGGGCUCUGAGAUGUUGGCACAAUUUGAUUCCGAAGGAAGUCUAAAUCUCCAUAGCCAACUUCUGGUUUCCAGAGUGGAUCAACUUUGGCAAAUAGUUCAAGGAUUUUGUCUACUUUCACUAUAUAUAUAUAUAUAUAUAUAUAUUUUUUUUUUUUCUCUCUCUCUCUUUUUCUCUCUUCUUGAUUAUGAUUCUUACAGUUUGUGUAAUGUUACUCUUUAUGAGCCAAAGUAAAACGCCUUGAAUUAC